AUGGCGACGACAGAAGCAGCCUUGGCUUAUCACGAGCCAGGUAUCGUCACAAUCCUAAUACUCUCUUCAUUUUUGAUAUUGGCGAACGCACUCAAUUGGGCUUUAGACAAACUACUGUACUGUGGCCUUCUCGGCCAGAUCGCCAUUGGGAUCGCAUGGGGCACGCCAGGUGCCAAUUGGCUGUCUGAAGAUGUGCAAAGUACUGUGAUGCAAGUAGGAUACUUGGGGUUGAUCCUGAUCGUCAUGGAAGGCGGCCUCGCCACCAACUUGAAGACUCUCAAAUCCAACUUACCGCUCUCAUGCCUAGUCGCUUCUAUUGGAGUGAGUGCACCUAUUGGCAUUUCCUUUGUCCUCUUGGGUUUGGUAGAGGGCAGUACACCCGUGCAGGCAUUCGCCRCCGGAGCUGCACUUUGUUCGACAUCACUUGGGACGACGUUUACGAUUCUCUCCACGAGUGGGCUCAGCGCAAGUCGGCUGGGUGUUGUACUGUCCAGCGCUGCCAUGAUGGACGACAUUGUUGGUCUGGUCAUGAGUGGCAUAAUCUCCAGGCUGGGGGAGAAUUCCGGAGGCUUUCAAGCGACUACUGUCAUCCGACCGGUAUUCGUGUCGAUUGCAUUCGCGAUAAUUUUGCCUUUGAUAUGCAUGUUUAUCGUCCGGCCCACGACGAAGUGGUGCUACAAUAGCCUGGCGAAAAGUCCAGGCUCUCAGACACAUCGACUGUUAACUACAGAGUAUGCUGCGAUAAUACUGCAUACGUUAGUGCUAUCAGUCCUCGUCGCUGCUGCCAGCUAUGCAGGAACCUCUGUUCUGUUCGCAGCGUACCUUGCCGGAGCGGUAAUCUCAUGGUGGGACACCCUUUGCGAAGACCUGCGGAAUGAGCGUUUGCCAAAAGACGGAAAGAAACCCGAACGCGAAGCCCAUGAUGCAUCUCAAGUAGCUGAGCACGACAACUCGAGCGAUGCAGUGCCGAAGAAGCACAACGAUGUCCAUGGUAUCAGCCAGAGCAGUAUCUCAACCCCAGAAGCCGAUGGCAAUGGCCCAUCUCAAGCCUUGGGAGUCUUUGCAGACUAUGACCACCUAAAAGGUACUCACAUAUUCGAGAAGUACUACGAGCCAGCACUCCGUACAGUCCUCAAGCCAUUCUUCUUCGCGUCAAUUGGAUUCGCCAUUCCAAUCACUCGGAUGUUUUCCGGUGCGGUGGUAUGGCGCGGAGUUGUCUAUACCAUCUUGAUGGUUUGGGCCAAACUGGUCUGUGGCAUCUGUUUGAUUCGCUUCACAAGCCCGGUUCUCCCCACGAGAGCGCUCCGGAAACUCAUACCCGCUCGCCUCUCCAGGCACGCAAUAUGGCCAUUCGGAGCCAGGCUACAAUUCUCAAACGAGCCAUCUCAGGCCGCUUCGCAAGUCACCGCCACACCGUCAGCGCCAGCGCCAACGUCGACGCCAACGCCACCCCAGCAAUCCACACAGAAGUCGAGGAAGGUACAGAUCCCCAAGCCAAUCUCUCUCUAUCCCGCCACCAUGCUCGGAAGUGCAAUGGUUGCAAGGGGUGAGAUCGGCUUUCUCAUAUCGAGCGUGGCAGAAAGCAAUGGUGUCUUUGGCACGCCCACAGCAGGUGGAUCGUCGGAGCUCUACCUCAUUGUGACCUGGGCUAUCCUGCUAUGCACUCUCAUCGGGCCCGUGGCGGUCGGUCUGAUGGCCAAACGUGUCAAGCGGCUACAAACCAAGGAAAGACAUGACUCUGCUGGCAGAACCGAUCCGUUGGGCAUUUGGGGCAUGCAGGGUGUUGAAUAG